AUGCAUUGCACUCACUGCCUGCUCCUUCUUCUGGCUGGACACCUGAUGCUGUCUCACAGCCAGGCAGUCCAAGAGAUCGACAACACAGCCAACCAAACCAACAGAGAAUUCUCACAGUUGAACGUCUCCAGCUACCAGAUUGCCUCUAGCAAUGCCAACUUUGCCUUCAGCCUCUACCACCUGAUAGCAUCCCAAAACUCUGAAAAGAACAUUUUCUUCUCCCCACUCAGCAUCUCUAUUGCCUUGGCCAUGCUGUCCACGGGAGCUGGUGGGGACACCCAGACUCAGAUCCUUGAAGGCCUGGCCUUCAAUCUCACGAAGCUGUCAUUGCCUGAAAUCCAGGACGGCAUCAGGUCCUUGCUUCAAGUGAUAAGUCGUCCAUCCACUGAGCUGGACAUCUCUGUAGGCAAUGCCCUGAUCCUGAACCAGGACCUGCAUCUCCUCCCUAAGUUUGUCAGCACUGCUGAAGCCUCCUAUAAUGGCAAAGUCUUACGCAGUAACUUCAGAGACAUGGAGGCUACCACCCAGCUCAUCAACAACUAUGUCAAGGAGAAAACCCGUGGCAAGAUCAGGGAUUUGGUUAGCGGCCUGACCCCUGACAUGAGGAUGGUUCUGAUAAAUUAUAUCUUCUUCCGAGGUCUGUGGAAGAAACCCUUUCCUUCCUCAAAAGUCUUCAACGGUAACUUCUACGUAGAUAAGAACACGGUCGUGAAGGUACCCAUGAUGCUGCAAGAUGAUCAGAAACACUGGUUUCUUGAUGACAGGCAUGUGCCCUGCACGGUUCUGCGGAUGGAUUACAAAGGUGAUGCAAUGGCGUUUUUCAUCCUUCCUCAAGAGGACAAGAUGGAGGAGGUGGAGCAGGUGUUGUCCCCAGGCAUGCUAAAACGGUGGAACCACUUGCUUCAAAAUAGGUACCUUUACAGAAAGCUCUCAUUGCAGUUUCCCAAAUUCUCCAUUGCAAACUCCUAUGCAUUGGAUGAAAUUUUGCCUGACCUGGGCUUCCGGGACCUAUUCACCCAGCGUGCUAACUUCUCGAAUAUUAACCAAGAAGAGAAUUUGCAGUUAUCCAAAGUUUUCCACAAGGCCACCCUGGAUGUGAAUGAAGUUGGCACGGAGGCUGCGGCAGCCACUAGUGUCUCUGUCACCUUUUUCUCUGCCCAGCACAAGAGACAUGUCCUUAUAUUCAACCGGCCAUUCUUCAUAGUGAUAUAUUCCACCAGCACCAAGAGUAUCUUCUUCAUGGGGAAGGUGUUCAACCCCACAGCAUAG